CCGAUAACCACCACAACGAUACCAAAACGCAACUCGUGCAAGGUGUUGCCUCCCCUGAGUCAAGUAACUUAGUACUACGAGGAAGUGAAGAGGGGAAUGGCGUCUCGCUCUCAUGUUGAAGCACCGACCAUUGAGGCUGAUUUUCUCACCUUCAAGGCCCUGAGUCGUGAACCGCUUCUCCUGUCCACGCCGAUAGCGAAUUCUGGUGCCUGGGUAGGGCCAACUUCUCUUUUUACAGUGUCUAAUGUCGCUGGAUGGUUUGCAGCAGGGCGGGAACAGAGUGUCAUAUUGUCGCCGCUUGCCGACCUUCGCUCUGCGUUUUCUUCCGCUCGGACGCAGUUCCAUCCCAGGACUGUCCUAGAAUUACCCCAGAAACCUAUACACACAAAGUUUGCAUUUUAUGAUAAGGUUUUGGUGGUGGCACUCGUUACUGGUCAGAUCGCUUGUUAUGAUACAAAUGCUAUAUUAAGUGCGAAUGGUGCCACAACUUUAACUCCUACUCGAAUUCUUUCACACUCCACCGAGCCUGUGAGAUGCAUCGCACCGAACCCGUCUGAACGUCCAAGUCUUGUAGCCUUUUUGCGGGGAAGCCUUGAUUCCGGUACUCACGUCGAGAUCGUCGACCUUCAAACGAUGUUGGUCACGUUGACACUCGAAGGAGCUGCGCCACACCAGACACAAUCAUGUAUUUCCUGGUCACCAAAAGGGAAACAGUUUGUGGUGGGAAGCAAGAAUGGAGAGUUAAUCCAGUAUAGUCCCGAGGGGGAGCAGAAAGCCGUAACCCCUCCUCCAGCUGCUCGUACUGGGUGGCGCGUCUCGUCCGUUGCCUGGAUGGAAAAUGCUGUCUUCCAUGCUGUCUAUGCGGGUCCUGGUGUUUCACUAAAUGAUGAAUCCUACGAAGCAUAUACAAUCCUACGUGAAAAGACGAGCAUAACGGACAUUAAUCAUCCAGAUCCAGCACCUGCAUUUGGGGAUCGAUCCCGUGAGACCGGGCGCUUUUUCGUUCAUUUGCGUGACUGGACUCCAGCAAAGCAUUUCCUCAUAGUGGCUGAUCCACCCUCGACUGAUGUCGGGAUUGUAUACUGCAAGCAAGCAGAUGAUCCUGAUCCUUGGGCUACUCUAGAGCUAGAAGAGACUUCUCGGAUAGUGCUGCCCAUUGAUGAGGAUGGGAAUGAUGCGUAUCCUCUCGGUCUUGAUGUGGAUUUGACCUCGAUGGACCCUGUGAAUUUAUCAGCAUUUGGUGGUGAUGAAACACCUCCUGCUCCUCCAUCUCCUGUAUUGUAUCUCUAUACUAAUGCUGGAAGCCUCCUUGGCUACCACGUGUUGAACAAAGUCACUCCGAGCUACCCGUUCCUUGUUCCACCUUCCACCCAGUUGGCCGCGUCUACCUCGAUAACAAACAAUGAUUCUAGUAUGUCCACCUCCCCCGUUAUGUCAAAUCCAUCCGCAUUGGGUCCCUCAUCUUUCGCUUUGGCUGAGACUCCCGCAUUCGGUAAGCCAGCGUUUGGUUCUACCUCUGCAUUUGGUGCGAUGUCUGCCGCAACACCAGGCGCGUUGUCUGCUGGUCCGUCAGACAAGCCAAUCUCGGGAGGGUUUGGGGCAUUCAGUUCGUCCCGCGGGGCUUUUUCGCCCUUUGCGUCUAAACAGCCCUCGGCUUUUGCUGGCACUAUACAUGCAUCCACGACAAACAUCUUUGACGAGCCUUCGUCAACCCCGCCCUCCGUCACUCCAACCACGACGACCAAUGCUUUCGGUGCCGCUCCCGGUUUGACAACAUUCGGAUCUCCAUCAGCUGCCACAUCUUCAACCGGGACAAACUUGUUCGGCAACAUGGCUCCAAAAUCCCCAAAUACUGCGUUUAAUCAGCCAGGGCCGGCGGCAUCACCUUUCGCGUCUGCCAGCGCAUGGGGUACCCCUAUCGCUCCAGCCUUCGCAUCGGCAGUUUCUAAGCCUACCACGUUUGGAAGUACUGGAUUUGGCCUUGGAGGGUCCCCAGGCAUGGCACAUGGUGCUUCGACGCCUCAGACAAAUCAAUUAACUUCAGCGGAGGGGAGCGGCGAUGAUGGGAUGGACACGGUAGCUCCAGCGUCGGAUGAUCGUCCUGGUGAGAACAUCCACAACAAUAACACUGAGCCCACUGCACCAUCCUCAGUUGCUGGGUCGUCCUCGUCAUUCGUCCCGGCGAAGGGGUUUGGGGCAUUCGGAGGAUUUGGGACUGGACAAUCUGCCUUCUCCAAGCCGCAGUCUCUAGGCACCCCUACAGUAAAUGCAUUCGGCCCUGGUGCCUUGGGGACGUUCACCAGCACGCCAACAUCUGGAAGCCCGCCGACAAAUGUGUCGGAAAACCCAAUGUUUGGUUCAACAUCCGUCCUCGGAGGCUCGGCAAAACCGGUGUUUGGUGCAACGUCGAUACUCGGCGCCGUGAAACCGGGCUUUGGUACAAACUUAUUACCUUCAGCGUUGACGGCCCAAGAGUCUAAGCCUGCCGCCGCUUCUUCGACAUCUGUUGGGGGAUUCUCUGCAUUUAAAACAGCAUCUGGGGGGUUUUCAGCCUAUACUAACCCUAGUUCUUCGACACCGUUCGCCGACCUCAAUACAGCUAAAACAUCAGCACCCUCCGUAUUUGCCACUGCAUCGCAGCAAGGUACUUCACGAGCUGCCCGAAGCGUACUCAGCCUGCGUUCCCAGAGCAUGGACCAGGAUGACGAAGAUGAGAAACCCACCACCUCAACUCAGUUCGAUGAGGGAUUUUUGGCAAACCGUGAACCAGAAACUCCUGUCCAACCACAACCUUCCGUCAAAACUACGAACAUCUUUGGGGCGCCUCUGCAAACGACCAGGGAUGUUUUUGACAACAAAAAAGAGGAGUUCAUUUGUUUUUCGCUCCAACUUAGUGAGAGCGCACCGACAUCAAAACCGCCUAGCGAUACGACUCCUGGAUCUUCAAGCCGACCAUCAUCCACACCUUCGCCCCCACCUCGACUCUCGUCCCCGUCUUCGGCUUACCCAUCUAAAGAAUCUUCGCCUGUCCCACAAGUUAUUGCAGAAACGAUGGCAGAGAAUACCACACCUCCAGGCUCCCCUGAAAAGCCUGUCGUUCAUAAGGCUAAUGCUGAGCCUGCCCACUCCACUACGCCAGCUCCGGUCGUUCAAGGCGCUCUACGCUCUACCGGUUCACCUAUUGGCCCAACUACCGGUCCGAUUGGUCUAGGCAGACCUUCCAGUGUUCCGACACGUUUCACCUCACCAUUCUCAACCGCCCCCCUGCGCAGUUCACCACUCGCAGCAAGUCCCCCCAUUUCCCGAAGAGACGUCACAGACAGUCCGUCACCUCCAAGGCCCUCAAAGGCGAGCAGAGAACCCAACGAUGAAGAGGAGGACGGAGAGGAGGAAGAACAUCUGAACGAACUGGCAAUGAGGUCUGCAGCAGCUAAAGGGUCCUCAAUAGGUGAACACACAUUUUCAGCGCCGGUACCAGUUUCGAUGAGGCCUGUUGCAUCUGAGCCUAUCUCAGAUGCCCCCAAAGUGGUAUCUCGCCCGAAGACGCCACCAUUAUCCGCAUUCGGGUUCGGCUUUGGUACAAGGAAAUCAACAACUGGCACCGGUACUCCAUCUUUUCCUGUGUCGAAAUCUGAGCCGUCAACUACUGUACAUUCACCGAAACCCUCUACUUCUGUCUCCUCUUCAUUAAUCCAACCCACCCCUCAGCUCGGUGCGAAAUUCCAGCUCGGUACUUCCAGCCCCUUCAAAGCCACGGUGGCUCCAAGUUCAGCGAUACCAUCUUCUCAGGCUCCGUCAGAGACAGGGAAGCCUGGUAUCAAUUCCGAAAUUGAUCGAAUUAUAAGACUGAUGGACAAUGAAUUACAGGAGUUGCAACAUGUCACUCAAGACUGCGCAAAUGCACAGCGUGAUAUCACUGCAAGCAAGCACUCAGGGAAUAUGAGGUUCGAUCAGCGAUCCGAGUGGAGUUUGGCAGACCUCAAAGUUUUACGAAGACGAACGGAUGACCUGGAAGACGAUACUCUCAUGCUAGAGGACAGGGGUUUAAAGUUGAAGACCCGCGUCGCGGAACUUCAAAGUCUGCUCCUCAAAGCUGAAACUAACAAGCAGGAAAUUGAGCGCUUCUUAAGGGCGAGGGAGGACAAAAAUUUCGCCAAACUUCUCAAAGUCCGUGAACUCGGUCCCGAGCACGUUGAGAACCAAACAAAACUGCGACAGUCCAUUCAACUUGUUCAAGAUCGUGUCCGACAGCUAGAGGACCAAGUGACGGCGAUGAAACAUAGGAUAGAGAGAGCGAAAAGCGGCGAAACAAGUCUGAAGGCCCCGACUUUAGACGUCAUCUCCAGGGCAAUAUCGAACAUCGAAGCUGGAGCUCUCGCAAGGCGUGAUCAGAUGAAUGCCCUGAGUGAACGGUUAGAUGCUGUGUUUUCAGAUGACGAGGGUGAUGAAAAUUUGACGGAGUUCCUGCCGCCAAAGUCGGUGCGAGGGAAAGGUUCACGAGCAGAUGAGCGUGGAGACACUCCCUUACAAGAGAUCCUUGCGAGAUCGACAAUCACUCCUCGGGUAGCAGCAGCCACUGCCGCUGCUCUCAAUGCAGAACGUUCGUCUGCCAGAAUCAAGCAGGCCCUCCUUUCUGUCCGUAAAGAACCCUCAAUCACCACUUUCGUCAUCCCGAAAGUAGUAGAAAGCUCAAAGUUCAAUGCGCCACUCUCGAUCAGGACAGCUUCCGUCAACGUAGCUCCGAUGAGAAAAGAGUCGACUCGGCUUCCCGCUGCAGCACAUUUGGCAGAAUCCCUUUCCGGCACGCCAGCUCCCGUAUCCGUGUUUUCCAGUGAUACAUUUAAAACUUCGCCUCUUGCCACAAUGGUCAUUCCUCCGGGCACCCGACUCCCCAACUUCACUAGUGAUGCUAGUUUCGUUCCCAACUCUACAAAUAAGACCCCUUCGCCCGAUUAUGGGCGGAGUUCACUACGGAGUAGUCGAGCCAAGCAGCACACCAAGUCAGUAGCUAUUCGCUCGCGGGAAAACCCGGUCUCUGAACACCCAGGCACCUCAAGUUCAGCAUCUAACGUGUUCGGGCUGGGGUCUAACGAGACUGAGGCAACAAGUAUAGCUCCUCCGAAGCCCAGCUUGAGCUUUGGGCCUUUGCCGUCUUCCGGACCGGUGCGCAAUCCUCUCAAGUUCAGUUUCACUGGUUAUGGCAUGAACCCGAUGCCAGACGCUCCACUUGUUUCGCCAGAUACAGCAAGUCCUGCGCCGGUACCAAAACCUAAGCUAGCUUUCACAUCGUCGCCAAUACCCCCUAUCGUGAAGCCCGCAAACCUAGUGCCACGCACACCGAGUCCUGAAGAGAAAAACGCCCCAGCGGUAGCCGCUACGCCCCCUGCCACGCCCCCAUCCCUACUUUCAAGGCUAGGUCCACCACCUACUGCUCAACAGAGAAAGGAAGCUGGUGCGCAGCUAAUACAUCGGCUCGCGGAAUCUGACGACAAUGACGACGGAGCGUUGUCCGAGCAAGGCGAAGAAUCGGGAUUUUACGAACAAGAGGAUGAGGAAUUCGACGAGGACGAGGGCGAUGGGACUGAUGGGACCGAGUAUGACGAAGACUACGAACAAGAUGAUGGUGAUGAUGGAGAAUGGCAGCCUGACGAGGACGACGAAAGUGAUACAACGGAAAACCCAUGAUCCCACUCAUCCCUUUAUACGAUAUCUAAUUGUAUGCCACUUAUCAUUUUGCUGCAAAUAAGGAUUCAGCGUCUAUCCCAGCAGUUCGUCGUAGUCGAAUAUAUUCGGCUCGGACGUGAGCCAUGGCUUCUUCAUUUGUGUAUUUGUGCAUGCAUGUUUGUAGCGUGCGAUACUUUCCUCGACAAGCCCACACAACCGAAACUGUUCUUCCACUUGCACAAUCCGCAAACUCUCUAACAAUCGGACCACAUUCCUUUAAAGCCCUUUCUUUGGUGCUUUUAAUGAUCGUAUCUUCCUCCCUC